AUGUCGUUAUCAUUACGUCCAUUAGUUGGUAUAGGUAUAAUUGUUGUUUAUCCUGAUCGUUAUCCUGAUAGUGUACUUAUAUCAGAACGUUUAUCAAGUCAUGGUAAAGGUUGUCAUCAAUUACCAGGUGGUCAUCUUGAAUAUGGAGAAUCAUUUGAAGAAUGUGCUCAAAGAGAAUUAAAAGAAGAAACAAAUCUUGAUUGUUUAUCUUCUUCUUUUAAAUUAGUUCAUGUUACAAAUACAAUUUUUUCUCAAGAAGAGGGACAAUCUAAACAUUAUGUUACACUUUUUAUGAAAACAAUUAUUCAUGAUGAUUCAACAUUAAAAUGUAUUGAACCAGAAAAAAAUUCAAAUUGGAUUUGGGUUAAAUGGAAAGAUUUAAAUCAAAUGAAAUUAUUUGCUCCACUUAAACAAGCUGUUGACAAUUUGAAUUUUAAUCCAUUUAUUGAUUAA